GCAGCUCGAGGGCGGGAGAUGGCCGCACCUCCUCCCCCUACUUCAAUUUUCCCUUUCUGAGACCUCGUGACUGUGCAAGCAAGACCACCCUUGGCACCCAUGUGCAUCAUCUUUUUCAAGUUUGAUCCUCGUCCUGUUUCCAAAAAUGCCUACAGGCUUAUCCUGGCAGCCAACAGGGAUGAAUUCUACAGCAGACCCUCUAAGCUGGCAGACUUCUGGGGGAACAACAAUGAGAUCCUCAGCGGGCUCGACAUGGAGGAAGGCAAGGAAGGAGGCACAUGGCUGGGCAUCAGCACGCGGGGAAAGCUGGCGGCACUCACCAACUAUCUACAACCGCGCCUGGACCGAGAAGCUCGUGGGCGAGGUGAACUCGUCACCCACUUUCUGACUGCUGAUGUGGACAGCCUGUCCUACCUGAAGAAGGUCUCUGUGGAGGGCCACCUCUACAAUGGCUUCAACCUCAUCGCAGCUGACCUGAGCACAGCAAAGGGAGAUGUCAUUUGCUACUAUGGAAAUCGGGGGGAGCCUGAGCCCAUCGUCCUGACACCGGGGACCUACGGGCUGAGUAACGCGCUGCUGGAGACACCCUGGAGGAAGCUAUGCUUUGGGAAGCAGCUCUUCCUGGAGGCUGUGGAGAGGAGCCAGGAGAUGCCCAGGGAUGCGCUGGUUGCCCAGCUCCUGGAUGUGCUCAACAACGAGGAGGCACAACUGCCGGACCCAGCCAUCGAGGACCAGGGCCAGGAGUAUGUGCAGCCCAUACUGAGCAAGUAUGCGGCUGUGUGUGUGCGCUGCCCUGAUUAUGGCACCAGAACUAACACCGUCAUCCUGGUAGACACAGACGGCCAUGUGACCUUCACCGAGCGCAGCAUGCUGGACAAGGACCCUUCCCGCUGGGAGAUCAGCACCCAUGAAUUCACACUGCAGAGCUAACCUCUGGGUGUGGCUGGUGGGCUCCUGGUAGGCCCUGCCUCAAGGGUCAUCGUGGAUAGGAAGCUUUUCUGGCCGUACUGCACUGUUCAUGACUCGGCCCAUAUCCCCGAGGAUCAGGUCCUCUGAUUUGUGUGUUACCUGUGUGUGUCCCUGUGCCCAGCUCGAGGUCCACCCUUAUGCCAGUGGGGAGCAGCAGAGUCUGACACCAGGGUUUGGGGCAACCCCAGGUAUGCCAUAAAUAUAUGAAUGUGCUGGGCCUACCUCUGCAUACAUGCACAGGCAGACACACACGGCACAUACAUACAUGCCUACAUGUGCAUAGGCACGCACAUGCAAGGCACACACAUACACACAUGCCUACAUGUGCAUAGGCAUAAACACAUACAUGUCCACGUGUGCAUAGAGGCACACACACAAGGCUAACAUGCUUUCAUGUGCACGGAUAUUUCAUAUGUCCAUGGAUACACAGGUGUGCACACACAAGGCAUACACAUGCCUACAUGUGCAUAGCCAUGCACACGUGAGACACAUUCAUACACACCUACACGUGCACAGCCAUACACAAGGCACAAACAUGUAUACAUGCCUAUACAUGCACAGGUGGGCAAUGCAGCACACACAUGCAUGCCUACAUGUACACAGGCACACAUAUGCAAGGCACAUAUGCAUAUAUGUCUACAUGAGCACAGGCCACACACAUGCAAGAUACAUACCUACACAUGCAUACACAAAGCACGUGUGUUACAUGCCUACACGUGCACAGGCACAUGUGUGCUCACACUUGUAUAGCCAUGCACACAUAAGAGACACACAUAUAUAUCUACAUGUACACAGGCACACACAUGCAUGCAUAGGUGCACAUGUAUGC